UCGGCGCCAUCCUUAGUCGAGCUUUACCUGCGUUAUAGUGAGGAUGUGUCGCUCCAUUUGAAAAUAUUAUGCGCGCGUGCUUACUAAACUUUAUUAUCAAUAGAAAAACAAUUUUACAACUUGAAUAAUAACAAUAUUUGAUUGUUUUUUUGUCGUCUAUGUGGAUGUGAACUGUGAUUUUAGUGUGAAAACUUACCUGGUGAUAUAUUAAUUUACAUUUUUUGUAAUACAUUGAUGGUGAUCAGAAAGAUGUUUGGAGACUGUGGAUUGUUUUGAAGUGAUGUUGAUUUCGUGUUAGAUACAGUGGCGUUAGUAUUAAUUGAUAGAGAUGGCGGGGUUUAAUUUUAGCGUCUGCUUGGUACUUAUUCUGUACCAGCUCUCAACUGCUUUUAGCGAUGAGUCGUCGGAGGCGUCGGAUCUCGGAUUGAGUGAGCCAAACCCUGAGGGAGAGGAGGGUGUGAGGUGCUACUGCAACACGGCGCAGUGCGUGAGCACAGGCUACAUGUGCCGCUCGCGCCAGGGCGGAGGGUGCUACAGCGAGGUCCCUCCCAGGAGGCACCACGCGAGGCAUGGCUGCUUGCAUCAUUUGUCUGACAAGCAAGAAGAAGCCCUAACCCACUGCCACAACGCGCCGUCGCAGGGUGGCCCUCCGCCAAGACAGCACUCCUUGCUGCUGUGCUGCUUCAAGGACCUCUGCAACCACGAGGACAGCCCUCUGGCCAGGACGAGGAAUCUCACCGCCAAUGAUCUAGAGAGCAGCGUGGCGAGCGAGCGCGGGGCGUCCUACAACGGCGAGGUGUGGUUCAAGGCGGCGACUAUCGCCGUGCCGGUGUGCGGCGCGCUCAUCCUCUUCAUCCUCGUCGCCGUCGCCGUGCGCCUGCUGCGCGCCGACGCACUGCUGCAGGCAGACAGGAAACUGAGGGGUGGCUACAUGAUCCCGCCUCAGCACAACACCGAUGACGUCAAAAAAGUGUGGGUGGGCAACUCCUCUGCCCCCCUCCUCAUGACGUCAGGGGGAUGCCUCGUCGCCGUAGAACGCGCCCAGCUGGUCGACAUACCCCCCUGCCAACAGCUCUGUGAUAUCCAACGAUAGGCCAUACAACGAGCGAGCAAUCUCUUUCGCCCACUGUACCGUGAAAUGACGGCGUGUAGUAUAGGAGUGUGGUAUUAAUGUGAGGCUACGUUUGAACAUUGUAUUUGAAUGAAAAUUGUUAUAGCACCCCUCUCAAACUGUUUCAAAAUGAUGAAAAAUUAGUAACUUAUUAUACUUAAAAUGUCAUUAAUUUAUAGUACCUAAAAAAAUUUCAUUUGAUUAAAAAAUCUUAUAGCAUCCCUCUUCACCCAACUUUUACAACUAAAAUGCUAAAAAUAACAGUAAAAAAAUAUACAUCAAACACUUUGCUGGUUAAGUCUCAAGGGAAACAUACGAAUAGGUAGAUAACUUUUAUAAACGAUAUAAUAUUUUAAAGAAAAAUGUGGUAGUAUAUUAACAAUAUAAACGCGAUUAAAGUAAUCAUUUUGGUCUCCGUUGACCUGCAGAUUAUGUCGAUUUUUAUCGUUAAUUGUUUGUCGUCUAUCACGAUCAUCGUCGAAUAAUCGCGUAAUAAAACUAUCUUGAUAAGAUUAUAAAGCGAAAACAUUCGCUGUUCGACUGAAAGUUACAUAAAGUGACACAUUAUUUAAGGAUUGUAUUAAAUUAGGACCAUUUGAAGAAUCUUUUUUUGUAAAAUUGAUCUCAUCGCCAGCCCGUCAUUCCACGGUACGGUGGGCGCGCAUACCAAAUCUACCACAAUGUAUAUUUAACUGUAUUUUUAUAAGCGCUUCGUGUUCCUUUAUUUUGUAAAUGUAAUCUAUUUUGACUUGUCUAUGACAUCAGUAGUCCUAUGCGUCAUCUACGUAUCUCGUGUAGAGAAAAAUGCAACGGCGACCAAUAGCGGCAGAGUUGAAAUAUCGCUCUCUCUAUCGUUCCAAAGCAACUGAAGAGGGAGCGAUCUGGUAGUACCGCUAUUGGCUGACAUUUGUCUUUCUAGCGUCUUGAGAAAUGUUAUGGUACGUAUCUCAGGCGUACUAGUCCGAGAUCCAACAUAAGGAAUAUAAACCCUCAUCUGUUACUUAUUUGGGGUAAGAAAUAAAUGAUAUAAUAUUCGCAUUGACACAUUGCAAAUAGGUUGCUUGGUAAAAUAAAUUGAUUAAAUUUACUUAAUCUACUUCCGUCUUAAUAAAUGAAUUGUACACUAAGUAAAAGAAUAUAGGUAAUUUGAGAUUUGAAUACGUACCUAAAUGUAGACUGCUUUUACACUGCAACUGUGGGGUUGCCAGUUACAAACAGUUGUUAUUUAUACCCUCAUCAGUUAUUAAGUCGUCAAAUGAAAGCUCAUUUUAUGCCUUAUUUUAUCUGUAUUAGGUUGCCUUUGAUCUAGUUUACUAUGUCCUAGAUUUUGUCUGAAAAAUGUGUCUGCAAUUUAACUAGGCAACCUAUUGACAAUGUAUCACUGAAUAUUAUCUAUCAUUUAUUUCUUGUCACUUAUAAAUAACAGAUGAGAGUAUAUGUUUCUAAUGCCGGAUCUUAGAAGACCAUACGGCAACGAACUCGAGAAGAGAUAAAGAUAAAUAUCGACUAAUAACAGCGCAUUUGAAUAUAUCACUCUGUAUCAUUGCGCUUUUUGAUUCUGCUAUUGGUCAAUGUCGAUAUAAUGUUGUGGCAUCUACAGGGCAUUUUAUCUCUAUGACAUUAAAUUAAUCUUUAUUUUCUAUCGACAAACUUCACAAUUAAGUUAUGCAGACAUCACAAUUGUUUUAAUUAUAAUGUUGUAGAGAUUCAAAGCCCAAAUUUAUUUUUAUGGAAUUUGUAACACUUUAAGUUACCAAAUCGUUCAGAGAAUACACAUUAUCACAUUACAUUCAUUUUUCUUGCAGUCAAAAUUGUAAGUGACUCUUAGACUAUAACAUUAAUUGUUUUAGACAUCUAAAUGUAAAAAAAAAACACAAACAAAACGUAAUAUGUUUUUAAAAUGAGUUUUAAAAUUAAUGAAAAAGAAAACAAAAUGCAAUGUGAAAUGUGAAUAAAUAAAAUAGUAUUUUUUUAGACUAAUCUGGUAAAAUAAAUCUAGAAAAAUAUAGUCAUCGUGAUGAUGAUGACUAUAUUUUUUGAUACAUGAAAAAAAUAUAUUUUAUUAAAUUUAUUAACGAUUUGUUUUUUAAACUAUUCGACAUUUUAAAAAGCCAGAUUAUUUUAAAAAUUUUAUUAUAAAUAUUAUCUGACUAAAGCUUUUGUUUCUAAGGCAAACAAAUGUAGACUUUAAACCUUGUAACUAAGUACCAAUUUACCUUGCUUAGUGCAUUGUGAUAUUUCUUACUGGGGAUUGUUGCGCAACACAUUUGCACACCUUCUUAUUUUACCCUAUUAUGUACAAGCCGACGCGGUUUCAUCCGCGUAGUAUCCAUUCCCGUGAAAAUACGGGGACAAAAUAGUGCCUAUAACACUCACAAAUAACGUGGCUUUCUAGUGGUAAAAGAAUUAAAAAAAUUGGUUUCAGUUCCAGAGAUUACCCCCUACAAAACCACAAUAUUUAGGUACCACUUUAUAAUAUUUGUAUAGAAGAUUGAGCACAAUGUGAUUACAAUCGCCUUCAAAAUCGAUUGUCGUUGUGCAAUAACCCUCUAAUAUGACAAUUUAUAUAUUACUUUGCAUUUAAAAAUAUUUAUGUUUAUUAUUACUUUCCUUUAUAUAGGUACGACUUUUAUGUGCAAAUAUAGGUGACUGAAAAUAAUUUCUAUUUUGCACGUACAUUAACAAAAAUUAUAUUAUGAAUGUAAUUUUACUAAAACAAUAACAACACAUAUCUAUUUAUAAUAAUAUUUCAAACAAUCAUAAACGUAAGUCAUAAUUUUCUCAUUUUUAGUAAAAUAAACUUACUUUAAAAAUCAUGAUGGCUGGAUGGAAAGCUUGUAAUUGUUAUUGACUUAUUGAUUAAUUAUUACAAUAAAUGAUCAUAAAUUAAGGGAAAUUUAUUAUUAAUUUAAUCUACGUUAAUACAUUAAAGUAUUAUGAGAGACAAAAAUGACUUGCGUGUUAUGACAAUGUUGUGCCUCAAACUGAAGUCAGUAAUAUAAAACUAAUUAAUCUACAUUCACAGUACACUUGUGAAUCUACUUCUAUUUUGAGUAAAGUGUACAGAAAGUGCUUUUUUAAAGCAAGAGAAACGUUUUAUGGUAUAGUCUAUUACUUCGGGGAAGUCCAUUUGAAGACGUCCUAAGUUCAAUUCCCAGUUCGAGUCGGCUAGUUUAGAAAUUGAUAUUUUGUAAUAGUACGAGAUCCGGCAUAAAUAAUAUAUACCCUCAUCUGUUAUUUAUUUGGGAUAAGAAACAAAUUGUAGAAAAUAUUCACAUUGACACAUUCCAAAUAGUAAAAUUGCGCCCUGUGAGUAUUAAAUGAUUUUUUUUAUUAAAUUUAUUUAAACUACUUCCCUCUUUGCUUAAUUAUUAAAAAUUGAACACAUUGACAACGUAAAUGUUGCCUGCUUUCACACUGCAACUGUAAGGUUGCCAGACAUAAAGGGUUAAUUAAUGUUAUAUAAAUACCCUCGACAGUUAUUUAGUCGUCUAAUAUGUAAAAUAAAAGCUUAUGUUUUGCUUAAUUUAAAUGUAUUAUAAAUUGCCUUUGAUCUGGUUCAUGGUUUCCUAGAUUUUGUACGAAAAAUGUGUUUGGCCGCAAUUUAACAAGGCAAUGUGUCACUGAAAAUAUUAUCUAUCAUUUAUUUCUUAUUACUAAUAAAUAACAGAUGAGGGUAUAUAUUUCAAAUGCCGGAUCUUAGACUAUAGCCUGACGACUUGAUAGUAGAGACGUGAGAGCGAUCGUUUUACUAUACAAAUGCCGCGUAGAAACCGUCACAUAUAUGGGAAGAAUCAACUGUAUCUGUUCUUUACUUGUAACUAAGCGCACUUCCAUCUUACAUAGGUAUUCAUAAACGUUGUGGGGGCGCCCCCAAGAAAUCGUUCACCCGCUGAGUGUCGAAUGACUAAGCCUUUGGGAAUUCGACACUCAGCGGGUGAAUCUCCUGGGGGUGCCCCUACAACGUCUAUGAAUUCUGCUGUUAGACUACAUCGUCACUUACCAUCAGGUGAGAUCACAAUCAAGGGCUAACUUGUAAUGAACAAAAAAGGUAUCUUGUAUAACUUGUCUAUUGACGAAAAUACAAAUAGAAAUAUUUUUGUACCAUCUUUAAUGAAUGAAAUAUAAUGUAUAAAUAACCUUUGUAAAUACAUAGAUAUAAGUAUUAUAAAGGAAUCACCAGUUAUGAUAUUUUGCGUAAAUAAAUUAUUAAACUUAGCGUUUAUGAGAAUAUAUUCAAGGGAGUUAGCUUUUUCUACCAAAUCUCAUACAAAAGCUAACAUUAGCGAUUUACGCAAAAUCUUAUAAUUGAUGUUAAAUGCGUCGAUUUCUGAUAUAGUACAAGAGAUGAUUCGAAGUAAAAUUACCAAUUUGUUGUAUUGUAAUAAUACUCGUAUAUUUUUGACAGUUGUCUCUUGGUCUAAAAGUAAAAUCUAUUGAUAGAGGGAGCCUAGUCUUUUGUUUGUAUCUGAAUUUUUUAUCUUUUCACUCGCAAUAGAUUUUAUUUGUGGUCGAAUAGAUCGAACAAUUUUGGAAAAAAAAUCUUUACAUAUCUAAAAUUACAAAAGGACAAUACAUUUAAAUUAGAAUUAGGUACAUUGCAAUGUAUUCAUUACAAUUAUAACAUUGCUGUAAUAUGUUGUGGUUAGUGCCUACUGUGAUUGAAUACUGUGUGCACGCCUCCUAACUUCAUUUUAUUGGUAGGGUUUUAGUUAAUUAAAUUCUUAGUUAGUAACUUUACGAACUGCUUCAAAUCGUCCUAUUCCUGGAAGAUGGCUUCCAUGGUUCUUCUUCAUAUAAUAUAAGAGAAAAUCUGGAACUUAGACCCACUACGCACUUCCAAUGCGGGUUAGUGGGUGUAAUAUUUUUUUCUAUUAUUCGACCACUUUUCAGAUAUUGACAUACAAUAAGCUUCCGUUAAGGUGCCUUACCUUUUUAUAUAAGUUUUAUAUAAUAUAAUAUAAUUAUAAUAUAAGUGUUUUAUUGUAUAGGUGCAAGUGAAGUAAAUACUCCAUAAUGUUAAAUAAAUAAUAAUGAAGUAAUUAAUGGUUAUAUCUGCGACUUUAUGUAAAUAUGUAUGAUGUAUAAAGCAUAAGUGAAUAAAAUGAAAUUAUUUUAUAAAAAA